GCGCAGCCCCUCCCCCGGGCAGCGCAGCCCCGCCCUUCCUGCAGCGAGGCCCUCCCUAUCCCCCAGUGCUCUUGUGGCGUCACCUAGAAGGUGGAGACCAAGAUUCCAUCCGGCGCGCUUGCGGGUGUUUGGAGGUGGGCUGCUGCUCACGCUCUUCUGCCGCCUGCUUGUCUCUACCCGGGAGGACCUUGGUUGUCCUUCGUGGGUAAGCAGUGGAGCGCCAUGAAGCGGGCAGCGAUGCGGCUUUGGACCUUGAACAAGGAACUUCUUACUCAUGGCAGAGGACUGGCUCAAGGAUCCCAGUACAAAAUAUGUGAACCCUUACACAUUCAUCAAGUUCGAGAUAAGCUUCGGGAGAUAGUAGGCAUAUCCACGGUCUGGAGAGACCAUGUAAAAGCAAUGGAGGAAAGGAAGUUACUUCAUAGUUUUUUGCCUAAAUCACAGAAACUCCUACCACCAAGGAAAAUGAGGGAUAGUUACAUCGAAGUUCUCCUACCUUUGGGUACUGACCCUGAACUACGAGACAAAUAUGUGACUGUUCAAAAUACAGUAAGAUUUGGCAGGAUUCUUGAGGACCUUGACAGCCUAGGAGUUCUUGUUUGCUACAUGCACAACCACAAUCAUUCUAUCAAGAUGUCUCCUUUAUCAAUAGUUACAGUCCUGGUGGACAAGAUUGAUAUGUGUAAACACAGCUUAAGUCCUGAACAGGACAUUAAGUUCACUGGCCAUGUUAGCUGGGUUGGAAAGACAUCCAUGGAAGUGAAGAUGAAAAUGUUCCAGCUGCACAAUGAUGAAAAAUAUUGGCCUGUUUUGGAUGCAACCUUUGUAAUGGUGGCUCGAGAUUCUGAAAAUAAGGGGCCAGCAUUUGUAAAUCCUCUCGUUCCUGAAAAUAAAGAAGAAGAAGAGCUCCUUACACAAGGAGAAUUGAACAAGAGCCGAAGGAUUGCCUUUAGCACCAGUUCAUUACUGAAAGUGGCUCCCAGUUCUGAGGAGAGAAAUAUCAUACACGAACUGUUUCUUAGCACACUGGAUCCAAAGACUAUAAGUUUUCAGAGCCGAAUUUUGCCUCCUAAGGCAGUGUGGAUGGAGGAUACAAAACUCAAGAGUUUGGAUAUUUGUCACCCUCAGGAGCGAAACAUUUUCAAUCGGAUCUUUGGUGGAUUUCUUAUGAGAAAAGCAUAUGAACUUGGGUGGGCUACUGCUUGUAGCUUUGGAGGUUCCCGGCCAUAUGUGGUAACUGUAGAUGAUAUCAUGUUUCAGAAACCUGUUGAAGUUGGCUCAUUGCUCUUUCUUUCUUCACAGGUAUGCUUCACCCAGGACAAUUACAUUCAAGUGAGAGUUCAUAGUGAAGUGGCCUCUCUUGACAGUCGUGAACAUAUGACCACCAAUGUCUUUCAUUUUACAUUCAUGUCGGAAAAAGAAGUACCCUUGAUUUUCCCCAAAACAUAUGGAGAGUCCAUGUUGUAUUUAGAUGGACAGCGGCAUUUCAAGUCCAUGAGUGUCCCAGUGGUCUUGAAAAAGGACUACCCUGUGGAGCCCUAGAAAAAUCUCCCUUGUUGCAAACCAGCACUCCUAGCACUGUGACAUAGUGCCUAAUAAAGGUGUGCGGAAACGUAUUGAUGUUCACAUUGCUUUUUUUUAUCCUCCAUAGAGGGGACUAUAUUUCAGCUUUUAGAGUGAUCAGAAAAGCAGAACAAGUGACUGGAUGGGGCUGAAGGGUGAAAGAAUGAUUAAACAAUAAAACCUUUUACAGUAA